CAGCGAGGCCGUGCCUGCAAGCAGUUCGGCUGCCUGGUGGGACUGCUGGGGCCUCUGACAAGCGACGUGCCAGCCGCGUCCUGCCAGCGGGCAACGACCUACCUGGGCCGCCUGCUCCAAAUAGGAGCUCCAGCUGAGACCACGGAAGUGGCAACCGAAGAGAUUGGGCACCUGUGUGAGAAGCUGAACACUGAUGCCGCCGAGUCUCUGCUGGCGACCUCCGUCAACAUCGCGGAGAUUAUCUGCAAAUAUUUCCCCCGAGGCCAGGCCACAGACUUCAUGAGCGCCGUCGCAGAGAGCUUGCUGUGCGCCAGGCCCAUGUGUGCACAGGCCGCUGGGCGGUGGAUGCUGACGUUUCUGGGGGAGUGCAGAGAGCAAAUACUCAAGGAGGAGGUGCCUGAAAUUGUGACCACCCUUUACACCUGCCUGCGGAGCAGCCGGCAGAGCACCCCCAGGGGGUUUGUGCUGCGGGCGAUGUUGCUCCUGGCUCGCUCUCACCAAGAGCCGGUGCUGGACAGCCUCCUGCAGCAGCGCCUGCCCACGGACAGGUCUGUGCCCUCACCCUUCCCUCUGCAGACAGAGCCAGCCCCAGGGCGCCUCUGCCUGCCUGUGGGUCCCGAGACCAAGUCCUGCGUUUCUGAGCUCAGAGACUAA